GCUGCGAGCGCGCCGGCGCCCGCUUCAACACCCGCGGCUUGAAUGACGAUGGCCAUGUGUCCAACUUCGUGGAGACAGAGCAGACGAUUUACAUGGAUGAUGGAGUGUCGUCUUUUGUCCAGAUCAGAGGCUCGGUUCCACUGUUUUGGGAGCAGCCAGGGCUUCAGGUUGGCUCCCAUCAUCUCAGACUCCACAGAGGCCUGGAAGCCAACGCCCCUGCUUUCGACAGGCACAUGGUGCUUCUGAAGGAGCAGUACGGGAAGCAGGUGGUCGUGAACUUGCUUGGAAGCAGAGGUGGAGAAGAGGUGCUGAACAGAGCCUUCAAGAAGUUGCUCUGGGCUUCCUGCCACGCCAGCGACACGCCUAUGAUAAAUUUUGACUUCCAUCAGUUUGCCAAAGGUGGGAAGCUAGAGAAAUUGGAGAACCUUCUGAGGCCUCAGUUAAAGUUGCACUGGGAUGACUUUGACGUGUUCACGAAGGGCGAGCAUGUAAGUCCACGUUUUCAGAAAGGCACUUUGCGAAUGAACUGUCUCGACUGCCUGGACCGCACCAACACCGUGCAGUGCUUCAUUGCGCUCGAGGUCCUUCAUCUGCAGCUCGAGAGCCUGGGGCUGAACUCAAAACCCAUCGUUGACCGCUUUGUGGAGGCCUUCAAAGCCAUGUGGUCUCUGAAUGGGCACAGCCUGAGCAAGGUGUUCACGGGCAGCAGGGCCCUGGAAGGGAAGGCCAAGGUGGGGAAGCUGAAGGACGGGGCCCGGUCUGUAUCUCGUACCAUCCAGUCCAGCUUCUUCGACGGGGUAAAGCAGGAGGCCAUCAAGCUGCUGCUGGUUGGGGACGUCUGCAACGAGGAGUCGACAGACAAAGGAAGGAUGCUCCUGGACAACACGGCCCUCCUGGUGACUCCCAGGAUCCUGAAAGCUAUGACUGAGCGUCAGGCCGAAUUCAUGAAGUUCAGACGGAUCCGCGUGGCCAUGGGGACCUGGAACGUGAAUGGAGGAAAGCAGUUCCGGAGCCACCUCCUCGGGACGGCGGAGCUCACAGACUGGCUGCUCGACUCGCCCAGGCUCUCGGGAGCUGCGGAGCCCCAGGAUGACAGCAGCCCGGCUGACAUAUUUGCCGUGGGGUUUGAAGAGAUGGUGGAACUGAGUGCAGGAAAUAUUGUUAAUGCCAGCACCACCAACAGGAAGAUGUGGGGUGAGCAGCUGCAGAAAGCCAUCUCCCGCUCUCAUAGGGACGUGGCGAUCGACACCGUGAAGACAGGCAUGGGGGGAAAGGCGGGCAACAAGGGCGCCGUCGGCAUCCGCUUUCAGCUCCACAGCACCAGCUUCUGCUUCGUCUGCAGCCACCUGACGGCCGGGCAGUCCCAGGUGAAGGAAAGGAACGAAGACUACAAGGAGAUCACCCAGAAGCUCUGCUUCCCAACGGGAAGAGAUGUUUUUUCUCACGACUAUGUGUUUUGGUGUGGCGAUUUCAACUACCGCAUUGAUCUUACUUACGAAGAAGUCUUCUAUUUUGUUAAACGCCAAGACUGGAAGAAACUUCUGGAAUUUGAUCAGCUACAGCUACAGAAAUCAAGUGGAAAAAUUUUUAAAGACUUUCACGAAGGAACCAUUAAUUUUGGGCCCACCUACAAAUAUGACGUUGGCUCUGCCGCCUAUGAUACAAGUGACAAGUGCCGCACGCCGGCCUGGACGGACAGGGUGCUGUGGUGGAGGAAGAAGCACGCUUCUGAUAAAACAGCUGGAGAACUGAACCUCCUGGACAACGAUCUAGAUGCUGAUGCCAAAGUCAGACAUGCCUGGUCUCCUGGCGCCCUCAUGUACUACGGCCGCGCGGAGCUGCAAGCGUCUGAUCACAGGUACAGUCCUCGCUGUGACAGCACGUUCUCCUGUACUGGAGAAGGCAGCGUCUCCUCCUCCCGGUGGCCCAUCGACAUGCUGUCCCCAUCAGAAUUGUGU